AUGCGCUUGUCUGUUGUCCUCGCAAUCCUUCCGGCUGCCAUCGCCGUUCCCGCUCCUGCUGCAAGAUCCGAACCUGCUCCGCUUAUAAGAAGGGAUGAAAAUGGAAAUGGCAUCCAAAAUCAAUGGAUCGUCAAAUUUAAGAACAGCAACUCCUUAUCAUCAUCGUCGCCGAACUCAGUUAGCAGCGUCAUCAACUCCCUCUCAGUAGCUCCUGAUCAUGUCUUCGGCAACGUGUUCAAGGGUUUCGCCGGCCAGCUGAAUGAGAAGGCUCUUGAGGCCCUUCGGAACAAUCCCGAGGUCGAAUACAUUGAGCAAGAUUCGACGCUUAGGUUGGAUGAAUGGGUAGAUCAGACUGGCGCCCCCUGGGGUCUUGCUCGCAUCUCUCAGCGACCUUUGCUAAAUUAUUCAACCGAUCCCUUGUCUUAUACAUACACAUACGACAGUUCUGCUGGUACUGGGACGUGUGCUUAUAUUGUUGACUCUGGAGUUGACGUUACUCAUCCCGAGUUUGAGGGUAGAGCCUCCUGGGCUGCCAACUUUGGUGAUAAUAUCAACGAGGAUGGCGUCGGGCAUGGCACUCACGUUGCUGGAACAGUGGGCUCAAAGACAUACGGCGUGGCGAAGAAGACAACCAUCUACGCAGUUAAGGUUACAGACACAAAAGGCAAGGGUACCACGGCUCAGCUGAUUGCCGGCUUGGACUUCGUUGUCAAAGAUGCCCCCAAGCGGAACUGUCCCAAGGGAGUAGUGACCAACGUGUCGAUCGGAGAUAGUCGUUCGACUGCCGUCAACGCGGCAGCUGCUGCUCUUGUUGCCAAUAAUAUCUUCCUCGCCGUGUCAGCCGGAAAUGACAACACAGACGCUGGCAGCCAAUCUCCUGCCUCUGAGCAAACUGUGUGCACAAUUGGUGCUACCGAUAGCACAGACCGCCGCUCCUCUUUCUCCAACUUUGGACUGAAUGUCGAUGUCUUCGCCCCGGGAACUGGAAUUCUAUCCACCAUCCCUGGUGGUGGUGCUGGUUAUAAGUCAGGUACCUCAAUGGCCACUCCCCACGCCACUGGUCUUGCUGCGUACCUUGCUGGUCUUAACGGAUUCCCUGGAGCUGAUGCACUCUGCACCCUGCUCAAGGAGACUGCAACAAACGGGCUGCUCAGAAGCAUCCCGAGCUCCACCAUUAACAAGAUGAUCUUCAAUGGAAACCUCAAGGGCGAUCUUUAA